AUCCUCCCUUUUCCUCCAAUUCCACCCCAACCUAUCAUCCAACACAUUCUCUCUCUAAGAAAAAAGGGAUUUCAAGAAAAUAUGCGCAGAAAUAGAUUCUUUCGAUGGCUGUGAACCAACCAAUCAAAACUACAUAUUAUUCUUAUUAGAAAUAGCAGUGUGGAAAAGGGAUUUUAGUCUGUAGUGUGUAUAAACUAUUUUCAAGAAAAGUGAGUAAAAGGGAGAAAUGACAACGCCCUCAUUGAUUCAUUUCGAUUUCUUCAGACUUUCUUACUUUUCUACCGUUGUCACAACAACAUCUGCUAGUAGUUUUAGCCCUUUUCAGUCCCUUUCUUUUUCUAAACAGAAUGACACAAGAUUUGGUUCUUCACAAUACUCUCCUUUGCGGAGAAACAGGUGGCUAUGCGGAUAUAAGAAGAGACAUCAAGGCAUUGAUAAUCUGAGUGAUGGGGACAUGAAUGAGAUUCAGAUGUUUGGUUCUGAUGAAGAAGUCAGAACUCAGAUUCCAACCCAAGCUCAAUCCCUUGUUGAAGGGUCAGGAGCAGUUAUGGUAUCGGAGUAUAAGCCUGCCCCUGAUGUAGACUAUCUACAGGAGCUACUAGCAAUUCAACAACAAGGGCCAAGAGCAAUUGGCUUUUUUGGGACUAGAAAUAUGGGCUUCAUGCACCAAGAACUUAUUGAGAUUCUCAGCUACGCAUUGGUUAUAACGAAAAAUCAUAUUUUCACAUCAGGAGCUUCAGGUACUAAUGCUGCUGUUAUUAGAGGUGCCCUUCGUGCUGAAAAACCAGAGCUUCUCACUGUAAUAUUGCCACAAAGUUUGAAAAAGCAAUCUCCAGAGAGUCAAGAGUUACUUUCUAAAGUAAGAAUCGGAGGAUCACAUAAACUUCUAUAUUUCUGUGUAUUUACAUGUUCAAGACCAUUCUGUAUAUAUGUUAUUUUCUUUUAUAUGGCAUUUGAUUCAUUUUUAUGCAGUUGCUCUAUACUUUUGCUAAAAGCCUCAAACCAAUCUUUCUGCUUUUAUAAUUGCUAUCUUCUUAUGGCUGAGGUGAAGAGCCUAAAUGCAUAUGGUUUCCCAUUGAGCAAGGGUCUUAGAUUAGGAAUUAAUCAAACCUUUUCACCAAAGCACAACCCCACUCAGAAAGACAAGAAAAUAAGGGGACAAUAUAAUUUGAUUUAAAAUCUUAAACCUUCAUCUCGUGUUUUACCAAAUUAUGAAUGUAUGAUGUAGAUGUUGAUGAAGCACGUUUUUCACUAAAAGAGUCAGUCUUGCAAAUGUAUGAUACACCUUAGGAAAACCGGGGGGGGGGGGGGGGGGGAUAAUGGUCACUGCUAGCUCGGAACUGAUCUGUCCCUUCUUUUCCUACUAUGGCAUUUAAUGGAUAAUUCCGAACAUAUUGAAGUUGAUUUCAGAAGGAAGAAUAUUAGGAAAAGAUCACUUUAUUUCUGUGUUUGAAUUGAGGUGGCAGAGAUACGCACUAUUAAAUAAAGCUGCAUCUAUUAUCUUCUGCUUAUCUGAGAGGAACCAGUUUGCGAUCAUAGUAAUGAUACAAAAGUGUGGCUUGACACGGGAUAGUGUUCGGAUGACAUUUUUAUGACUGAAUUUUAGCAAAUUCACAUUUCCAGACUAUACAAAAGAAAUGCAGGAAAAUAUGUAUAAAAUUAAAAUUACAGUAACCAAUCUAGUUAAUGAGAUACUAUUUUUGAUUAUAGACUACUGUUGCCGUAAUAGACACUCAAACUUCCUAGCCAGCCAAAUUCCAAAAUAAUUUAUGGGGUCAUUUGAUAUUUGUUUCUUACUCAGAUAAGCGAGGAGUAGUUGCAGAAGAGUACAUAUCUUGCUUUGUCCUGAAUGUUAGUGUAUUGAGCUGUUGAAAUAGUGGCAUAUUUGUAUCUAUUUAUUUGUUGCACUGAAAUAAAAAUGUGGAUAUGCACUUUCUUAUUUUACAUUAUAAAUUGCCUUGGUCCUCUCUUUUCACGAAACUAAAAUCUGAUCUGUUUUUGGCUUAGUUUGAUUACUCCUUCCUGCAGUUGAAUAUACUGUUGGUAAUAUUACUCCAUUGAGCAUGAUUUUUCCCCUCCUGUUUGUCUUUUCUCUUGGCAUGAGCCAUGAGGGAUGUUUCACUGAUCAUAUUUUUCUUUCGAGAUCAAAUUAAGCUUUGAAUAGACAUGAGUAUGCUCGUCUUUGGAUGGAGUACUUGUAUUUUUGCCUAC